AUGAGAAACUUACAAAAAGUUAAUCAAAAAACUCAAACAAAUUAAGAAAACAAAAUCAAUAACAAGUAAUUGAAGAAAUCAAAAUAAGAAAUAGAUCAAUUGUAUGAGGAAAGUGUGAAAUAGUCAUAAGAGAAUCUUAAAAUAACUGUCAAAGUUGCUGACAAAGCAGUUUAAUAAAUGGAGGAGAACGUGAAGUCUAGUAAUGCAAACGAUCAUAAAAAAGGAUUCUUGACCUUGAGUAAAUAGGAGAAAGAGAAGAGAAAGAAAAUUAAUAAAGAAAUUGAGUUAAUUAAAGAAAUAUUUUGGAAUGCUAUUUAAAAUGAACCAUUGUAUUGUAAAUGUUAACAGCCUUCUUUUGUAUCAAUGGUUAUGUGCGAUAAUUAAUUAUGA